UGUUUUUUAAAAAAUUGACAAAUAACAAAAAAACUCGACUUAGAUAAUAAAAACGACAAAUUAAAAAUUGUGUUGUUAGUGUUUAUUAAAUUUGAUAUUGUUUACUUAAAUAUAAUUUAAAAAUGAUGGAGACUGAAGUGUAUAUGCAACGUGGAUCAAAUAAUAAUCCACAAACGUCGGGAAGCAAAAAUUGGAGCACAUCUUCAAUACCAACGUUAGUUAGUUUGGAUGAAGGUUCAAUACUAGAAUCUUCUCCACCAAGUAAAAUCAAUGAAUUAAGACGUGAUUCAGCUGGUCCUGGUGUGCCGCAGGCGUCGCCGAGACGUGAUAGUACAUCAUCAUUCUUAGAAGAAUUACGUUUACGUAGUAGACGUAAAUCAUGGCAAGCAAAAUUAGAACGUAAACGUCGUAAAGGUGUGAUAACACCCCUCACAUCUGGUACAUCUUCAACAUCCUUACAAAGUAGUACAAGUGUUGAUAGUAAUACAAGUAUGGACACUGAAUCUGUACCAUCAAUACCAGUGGGAAUGCGUCGUGAAAAACGACCGUCAUGGUGGAAUAUAUUUGUACCUGAUAAUUUUCAAAAGUCAAGGUCUCGUCGUGCUUCACAAGAUGUUGGUCAUGUUGCACGUAAUUCUGAGAAUAUUGGUCAAUUUUUACGGAGUAAAAGUCGAAGCGUUGAUCACGGAUUUAAUGCACCAUUUGAUUUAGAAGCAUUACGAUCUAAAGUGGAAGGUCGUUUUGAAUCUGUGGAUCGUUUAAAUAAAGAUGUGGAUAAUGAAAAGAAAAAAGUUGAAGUACCUGUUAAAACAAUUGAAUAUACGGUAAAUGACCGUGAUACAUUGACAUCAGUAGCUGCACGGUUUGAUACAACACCAUCAGAAUUAACUAAAUUAAAUCGAUUAGUCUCAUCGUUUAUAUUCCCUGGACAAAUACUGCGUGUACCAGAUCGUUCAGAACAACAACUAUCUUCAACCGAUCCACAUGAUUCAACUCAUACAAAUGAUUCACAGUUGUCAACACCAACUGAAUCACAUCAUGAGUACCAUGAAGAUUUACCACCUGAAGAAAAAGAAUUAUUGGAUAGUUUACGACCAGUAAGUCCAAAACCAGGACAUAUUGAACGAGUACGUACACCAUUAGGAGGUAGUGGUAGUAUUACAUCCACAUCAACUACAUUAUCAGGAUCUACUUCUGGAGUAGGCUCUAAAACAUCACGUUUAGAUUCACAAGGAGACGAUGAUUUAGCAUACAGAGAACGAUUCUUAAAGAUUAAUGUACGGCAUAUAACUGACGGUCAAGGUGUUGUCGGUGGUGUUUUAUUGGUCACACCAAAUGCUAUUAUAUUCGAUCCAAAUGUAUCAGAUCCUUUAGUGAUUGAACAUGGACCUGAAAGUUAUGGUGUGAUUGCACCUAUGGAAUUUGUUGUAAAUGCAGCUAUUUAUUAUGAUAUUGCUCACAUGCGAGUUGGUACAACAAACAUCGAUAACCAUUCUUUAUCUCUAACAUCAUCUAGUAAUAAAAAUGAAAAACCAGAAAUAUAUUAUGCCCCAAAUGAUAAACCACCAUUAAGUAGUGAUAACAAUGAAAACGAUGAAGGCGGUGGAGGGGGUGCAACAAGUGGAGGCGGUGGUACAGAUGAUACAGAUAGUGUGUGUUCGUGUACAGAACGUGAACGUGGUGGUGAUGCAUUUCCAAAAGCAUUUGAACGUGAUUUAGUAACACCAACAAAUUUACAACAGGAUCCGGAUCAUGAUUCAUUAGCGCAUACAAUUUUGAAUUCGCAAUCACAAAGAACAUUAGAAGAACGACGCAAAUCACUAUUAGAUCAUCAUUGGGCCAUACCAAGUAAAGAUCGUUCAUUGGAAGAAUCGCAAACAAGCCAAGAUGAAGAUACAAUAUCUACACCUGCAGCUUCAACGACAGAAACAACAACCACAACAACAUCAACUACAGUAGAACCAGUGAAUAUAAAUAAUAUCUCAAUAAAUAAUAUAAUACAAACAUUGACAACAUCUGGUAUAGUAGUAGAUCCAGGUCUUGUCAAGCUCAGUUGUCAUGAUUCAGGCAUUGAUAUUAGAGAUCCACAACCACAAUUACCACCAAUACCGAUUGUACCACCAAAUCCAACUAAAAAGGUAUACAGUGAUGCUGAUAUAGUCCUUUCAAAUGAAUGGGUACCACCUAUUACUAUAGCACCGUUAACAUUAACUUCUAAUACUGGUGGUACUGGUCCUGGAACUGGAUCAUUAGAUACGGAUUCACCAUCUAGAAAGAAAGCAUCAUCGGUGUCUUUUAGUUUGGAUUCGAAUUAUGAUAGUACAUCAACUACUGCUAGUACUACAACAACAACUAGUACUGGUACUACAGCUACAGCUGCACAUGAUAAAGAUGAAGAAAAAACUGAAACUAAGAAAAAUAAAAUGUUAAAACGUUUAUCGUAUCCAUUGGCAUGGAUGGAAACUUUAACAGGUAGCGAAGAGGAUAAAACAACAAAUUUACCACAUUCAGCUGAUGCGCACCAUUCGUCUGUAUUUAGCAAAGUAUUCUCAAGACGAUCAUCAGUUGGUACAUUCAUACGUCAACAUCCAAACAACUCAUCAUCAGACAGUCAUUCAAGUAAAUCAACAAAUAAACCACCACCACCUCGAUUAGAUUAUCGUUCUAUGGUCAGUGUUGAUGAUAUGCCUGAAUUAUUUGUAUCAUUUGAUAAAUUAAUUCCAAGACCAGCUCGAUCAUGUGAAGAUCCACCAUUGUAUUUACGAUUGCGUAUGGGUAAACCAUCAAAUCGUCCAAUACCACGUUCAACACCUUUAAUGUCCUAUGGCAAAAAGAAAAUGCGACCAGAAUAUUGGUUUAGUGUUCCUAAGAACAGAGUUGAUGAUUUAUAUCGAUUUUUACAAUUAUGGGUGCCACAACGGUAUGGUGAAUUAACCGACGAUGAAAUCCGUUCUCGUGGCUUUGAUCCUGUAGAAUCAGAUACCGAAUUGUGGGAUGAUGACAGUCCAACAGGACGUUCGGGAUCAGCAUCACGAAAUGCUAGUCAAGAUCAAGAAGGAGAAUUAGCACGUGAAAGCUGGGAGCUGAUCAAGGCUCCUUACGUAAAAAUCUACUCGAUAUUGAAGACACAAACAGGCUCAUCGGAUUUAGAGCCAUUGCAAUUGGGCUUAAGUGAAGAGGCAUUAUCACGAAGUGAAGAAAUCCGCCAGGCAUUGUAUGGCUUUAAUACAGAUUCAUUGGAAAUAGAAAUAACACCACCAGAUCUAGUUGGAACUACAGAAAUCUUAACAGAUGAACAUCGCGAAAAAUUAUGUCGUCAUCUGCCAGCUCGGGCUGAAGGUUAUGUAUGGACAUUAGUAUUUAGUACAUCACAACAUGGUUUCUCAUUGAAUUCAAUGUAUCGAAAGAUGUCGAAGUUAGAAUCCCCAAUAUUAAUGGUUAUAGAAGAUACAGAUAAUAAUGUUUUUGGAGCAUUAACAUCGUGUGCAUUAAAAGUGAGUGAUCAUUUUUAUGGUACUGGGGAAUCAUUAUUAUUUAGAUUCUCACCUAAAUUUCAAGUAUUUAAUUGGACUGGAGAAAAUUUAUAUUUUAUUAAAGGAAAUAAUGAAAGUUUAUCCAUUGGUGCUGGAGAUGGUAAAUUUGGUAUAUGGUUAGAUGGUGACUUAUAUCAAGGUAGAACAGAACCAUGUGGCACAUAUGGUAACGAACCAUUAACACCAAAUGUUGAUUUUGUUGUUAAAACAUUAGAAUGUUGGGCAUUUAUUUAAAUUUAUUGAAUUUAUU